AUGGCAAUGAUUUUUGGUCAAGUAAUAUUUCUAAAAGUACAUCGUAUUAUUCAAUUUCUUAUUUGCUUACUUUUUAUUAUUUUAAUCUUAACUAUUUAUUCACCAUGGCUAUUAAAAUUCACAAAUGCAAAAAAGAUCUAUGAUAAUGCAUUGUCUAAACAAACACUUAAUGAUAUUUUUCCGAAACAAUUAGGUUUUGGUCGAUCUGAUUUAGCUAAAUAUAUUCAUCUAGAUUUAAAAGGUGCACCACCAAAGGCAAACAAAUUUUAUGAUUCAUUUUUUAAUUUUCUUCAAAAUUUACAAAUGGGAGUAAAAGGUGUUCUUAUUGAAUAUGAAGAUACACUUCCAUUACACGGAAAUCUUGAAAAUAUUUCCUAUCAUGCUGCUUAUACCAAGUCGGAUAUUGCAUUAAUACAAGAAGCAGGAAAAAAGCACCGAAUUGACAUCAUUCCACUUAUUCAAACAUUUGGUCAUUUGGAAUGGAUACUUAAAUUAGAGCGAUUCAAAUCAUAUCGUGACGAUCUCAGCUUACCCACGGUUAUUUCACCGUGCAUCAAUGAAACUUACAUUUUACUCGAAGAUCUUUUACAGCAAACACUUGAUAUGCAUCCUAAUAGCAAUAUAAUUCACAUUGGCUGUGAUGAAGUUAGUCUAAAAUAUUCUAAUCCUGCAUGUAACGAAGCAUCUACGAGUAUAUCUGAACAAUAUGUUAAUCAUAUACAGCGUAUUGUUCAUAUUGUUCAUAAAAUUCGACCUGAAUGUCGUAUACUUAUUUGGGAUGAUAUUCUUCGAGCUGAUCAAUUUGUUAGCAAUAAAAGAUUGCUCAAUCAACUGAAAGGUCUUGUUGAACCUGUUUCAUGGAAUUAUUUUACAGAAUUUGAUAAUAAUUACAAAUUUUCAUCGGCAUGGAAAACCUUCCCAAAAUUCUUUACGAACACUUGGAUUGCAAGUGCAUUUAAAGGUGGUCUUCAUCGUUUUUCUAUGAAGACAAAUACCAGUCAUCAUGUCUUAAAUAAUCGUGAAUGGCUCAGUUUUAUAGAAUCAUCCACUUUUCAAAAAGAUUCCUUAUCAGCUGUUAUACUUACGGGUUGGUCAAGAUUUGAUCAUUUUAUGCCAUUAUGUGAUUUAUUACCAACUGCUUAUCCAUCACUUCUACACAGUUUAUUUAUGUUUAAUACGGGUCAAUAUAUUGUCGAUGAUUCAAUUUAUAAUUGUAAUGAUCUAAUAGUAUCAGUGAAUAAAGAUGCCCGAUUAUGUGAAUCAUUACCAGGCCUUUCAAUUUGGUCAGGUAUUUCAUCGUUGUCUGUGCUUCUUCGGAAAAUUCAAAACCGUCUAAAAAUUUUGAAUACUAUUGCGCCACCAUUUAAUAGAAAACAUUCAUUUAUACGUCGUCAUGAAAUGCAUUCGCGUUUAUCUGAAUUAAAAUUUUUAGAAAAAGAUUUAGCCACAACUAAACAGAUACUAAAUCGCCGUUUAAUGGAACUCUAUUCAGAAGAUGUUAUCGAAGAAUGGUUUGAACUGUAUUUAACACCAGCCGAAAAUGAAAUCAAUACGAUAUUUGUUGAAUUUGCACUUGUAGACAAUAUAACUACAUGGGAACGACGACCACUAGGUCACUAG